CGAUAGCGGAGUCCAAAAAAGAAGUCAAAAGGCCUGGUAGGAUAUCUGAUCUUGCAAGAUUUGGAUCGCUUCAAUGAACAGUUGAGGUUUCAAUCCAGUAAGUUGCAUCGGAUCUGCUACUUCCAUCAGUGAUUUUAACAAUAGAACCGCGUAUGCUCGGGACUCAUAUGUCCCACGUUGCAUGACUCGGGUUAAGCACUCAACAAAAUCACUAUUUUUUCCAAGAAGAUUCUGGAGACCGGCUUCUGAUGGUUGUAGAUGGUAGAGGAUACUUAUGGCCUCGUCUGUUGGUCGAGUGGAGUCAACCCCAUCUUCAGAUGAUUCUUCCAUGGAAUUGGAAUUGAUUACAAUUGCAGCCAAGAACUCAACUGCGCCUGCUGCUUCAAUACACCUUUUGUUUGUUGCAUUUUCCACGGCUAUUGAUUGUAGUCUACGGAGACACUUUCUCUGCUGCUGUGGAGACUUGGCAUCGGUGAGGAGCUUAGCGAUCUGAGAUUUGUUGAUCGGUGGCUUCGGGGUAGGGAUCCUUUCGAUUCCAUGCGAGGCAUUAAGCACGCACCAGGACUGGAGCAAUCGCCGGAGUGUAUGGUUCGGAGUAAGCUCACGAUCCGCAAUGACCUGUUUUGUCACCGGACAAGUAGUGUUCUUAACGGAAUACAACCAUUUCUCUAUGCUUUCCCUGUCGUAAGUGAUCCCCGUGGACACCGUCACAGGAUCCUUCAUGAUCUCAAGAGAAAUAGGGCAGAGGAAGAACGGAGGAACAUCGAUUUCUUCCAUCAAAACAAGAUAAAUUUUCAGAAUCACAAAAAACCCAGAUGAAGUUGAAUCAAAACAAAUUGAGCUAGGAGUUGACGAGAGAAUAUGAUCGAAGGUAGUUCGUGAAUUGGUUUGAAUGAAGAGUUCCUUAGGUG